GUUGCCAUGAUCUUGCUGUUCCUUCAGACAAACAUUCAUUAGCGUACACUGUACACAUAAUCGUUUGAGAGAGAGAGAUGGAGGCAGAGAGGAGAGUUGCGGUGGCGGUUGACUUCUCCGAUUGCAGCAAGAGAGCGCUGAGAUGGGCGGUGGACAACGUUGUUCGGGACGGCGACUACCUCAUCCUCGUUGCCGUUCGACCCGACGGCAACUACGAGGAGGGCGAGAUGCAGCUCUGGAAAACCAGCGGUUCCCCGUUAAUACCUCUAGUUGAGUUAUCUGAUCCUAUCAUCACGAAGAAGUAUGGAGUGAAGCCUGAUGCUGAGACCCUUGACAUUGUCAAUACUGCUGCUAGGGAAAAACAGAUUGUGGUGGUCUUGAAGGUCUACUGGGGAGAUCCUCGUGAGAAGAUAUGCGAAGCAAUUGAUAAUAUCCCUCUGAGCUGCCUUGUUAUAGGAAACAGAGGGCUGGGCAAGAUUAAGAGGGCUAUAUUAGGCAGUGUCAGUAACUAUGUGGUGAACAAUGGUUCCUGCCCUGUUACCGUUGUGAAGAAUGUGGACAAGGAAUAAGUGCAAUGCUGUCUCUGCUUGAACUGGAUUUAUUUUGGCAUCCAGAAUCCUACUUCUCUUGGUCUCUGGAUAGAUUUAUGUCAAAUAAAGCCGUAGUACCUGUAAUUUGAUUCUGCAAAUUCUUGUGUAGCAAAUUCACUGUCUAGUUAACAUUUUGGAUGUGGCAAGUUUUACUUUGGAAUUAAGAAAUCAAACAAAAAAAUUGCCUUAUAACACCUAUGAAGAAGCUCGUGACUUUCCGUUUAA